CACUUCCCGGUUCUCGCUAUGGAUACGGGGCAGAGCGCACAGGUCGCCGACAUGGGAGGAGAGCACUCCGCCGGGGUAUGCAUAGUGGAGCGGGAAAGGGACCGGGAGAGGGGCGAUGUGUCCAGCCCAUGCCCCCCGGCAAAACAGCGCUCCCUGCGGGUGGUGUACGUCCUGAACGACGGGCUGAAGGCGGUGAUGGCCAGCAGCCCGGAGUCCGGAGCGCUGCAAUGUCUGCAGAGAGCAUGCGACUCGGAGAGCGCACUGCUCACCACCGUGACCUUCGGACGGCUGGACUUUGGAGAGACAUCAGUGCUGGACAGUUUCUACGAUGCAGACAUCGCGGUUGUGGACAUGAGUGAUGUGUUUAGGCAGCCCUCCUUGUUUUACCAUCUGGGUGUGAGGGAGAGCUUCGAUAUGGCCAACAACGUCAUCCUGUACCAUGACACUGACCCUGACACUGCACAGUCACUGAAGGACAUGGUGGCACAGAAAAACACAGCAUCCAGUGGUAACUACUACUUCAUUCCCUACAUAGUGACUCCUAACCAUGAGUAUAUGUGCUGUGAGAGUGACGCCCAACGCAGGGCCAGUGAGUAUAUGCAGCCCAGCUGGGACAACCUGCUGGGGCCUCUCUGCGUUCCCCUGACAGACCGCUUCACCAGCCUGCUGAAGGACAUCCACGUCACAUCCUGUGCUUCUUUUAAGGACACCUUGCUAAAUGACAUCAGGAAGGCCAGAGAGAAGUACCAGGGAGAGGAGCUGGCCAAAGAGCUUUCCCGCAUCAAACUCCGAAUCGACAACACAGAGGUCCUCACCCAGGACAUCGUCAUGAACCUGCUGUUUUCUUACAGAGACAUACAGGACUACGACGCCAUGGUGAAGCUGGUGCAGACUCUGGAGAUGCUGCCGACUUGUGAUCUGGCCACCCAGCCCAUGAUCCAGUUCCACUAUGCCUUUGCCCUCAACAGGAGGAACAGUCCCGGUGACAGGGAGCAGGCUCUCAGAGUGAUGCUGCAGGUGUUGCAGUCGUGUGAACAUCCAGCGCCAGACAUGUUCUGCCUCUGUGGACGGAUAUACAAGGACAUCUUCUUGGACUCGGACUGCAAAGACACCAAAAACAGGGACAACGCUAUACAGUGGUACAGGAAGGGAUUUGAGCUGCAGCCAACUCUUUACUCUGGUAUCAACCUGGCUGUCCUCCUCAUAGUUGCUGGCCAACAGUUUGAGAGCUCAAUUGAACUGAGGAAAAUAGGUGUGAGGUUGAACAGUCUGCUGGGGCGCAAAGGUUCACUGGAGAAAAUGAAUAACUACUGGGACGUGGGCCAGUUCUUCACUGUUAGCAUGCUAGCUAACGACAUCCCUAAAGCUACUCAGGCUGCCGAGAAACUCUUCAAACUCAAGCCGCCUCUCUGGUAUUUGCGGUCGGUGGUGCAGAACCUGCAGCUCAUCCAGAGGUUUAAGAAGCAGACGGUGGAACAUUCUCCUCAGCGGGAUAGACUCAACUUCUGGAUGGACAUCAUCGUAGAGGCAACGCAGGGCACCACUAAUCGACUGCGGUUUCCAGUGUUGAUUCUGGAGCCAACUAAAGUUUACCAGCCCUCCUAUGUGUCCAUUAACAACGAGGCUGAGGAGAAGAACGUCUCUAUCUGGCAUGUUUCUCCUGCCGAAACGAAAGGGAUCCAUGAGUGGAACUUCACAGCAAUGUCCAUCAAAGGCAUUAGUAUCAGUAAGUUUGACGAACGUUGCUGCUUCCUCUACGUCCACGAUAACUCAGAUGACUUCCAGAUCUACUUCUCAACUGAAGAACAGUGCGGUCGGUUCUGCUCCAUGGUGAAAGAGAUGAUAUCUGAUGGUACAGGGAAUGCUGUGGAGCUGGAGGGGGAAGGAGAUGGAGAUACACUGGAGUAUGAGUAUGACACCAAUGAGACAGGGGACAGGGUGGUGCUAGGGCGGGGCACCUAUGGAGUGGUGUACGCUGGGAGAGACCUCAGCAACCAGGUGCGAAUCGCCAUCAAAGAGAUCCCUGAGAGGGACAGCAGGUACUCUCAGCCCCUUCACGAAGAGAUUGCCCUUCACAAGUACCUGAAGCACAGGAACAUUGUUCAGUAUUUGGGCUCCGUUUCUGAGAACGGCUACAUCAAGAUCUUCAUGGAACAAGUGCCUGGAGGAAGCCUGUCUGCCUUGCUGCGGUCUAAAUGGGGCCCUCUAAAGGAGGCGACUAUUAUCUUCUACACCAGACAGAUUCUGGAGGGGCUCCGAUACCUGCACGAGAACCAGAUCGUCCACCGAGAUAUCAAGGGUGAUAAUGUGUUGGUGAAUACCUACAGUGGUGUCUUGAAGAUCUCAGACUUUGGUACUUCUAAGCGGUUGGCAGGAGUCAACCCCUGUACAGAGACAUUCACCGGCACUCUGCAGUACAUGGCUCCAGAAAUUAUUGACAAGGGCCCUCGAGGGUACGGGGCCCCGGCUGACAUCUGGUCCCUGGGAUGCACUAUUAUAGAAAUGGCCACAGGGAAACCGCCCUUUCACGAGCUGGGAGAACCACAGGCAGCGAUGUUUAAGGUGGGCAUGUUUAAGAUCCACCCAGAGAUCCCUGAGUCCUUGUCACUAGAGGCUAAGGCAUUCAUCUUGCGCUGCUUUGAGCCGGACCCUCACAAGAGAGCCAUCGCGUCAGACCUCCUCAGAGACACUUUUGUCAGACACAACGCUAAGGGCAAGAAGAGCAAAAUUGCCUUCAAACCAUCAGACUACAUCCACAGCGUUUCCCUGCCGGUGCAGCUGCAGUGCGAGGCCACCGGGAGCAGCAGCAGUGAACACGGUUCUGUGAGCCCCGACUGCGACUCCAAACACGACGUUUUCUUCCAGAAGAAGAAAAGGUCUGGCUCAGAGAACCUGCUCAAACCCCACAACUCCAACUACUUGAGUGUCCCAGAUGAGGGUUCGGUGUCGGAGGACCGCAGUGCCCCCGCCUCUCCAGAAGACAGGGACAGCGGUCUGUUCCUGUUGAAGAAGGACAGCGAGAGACGGGCGAUUCUGUUCAAGGUGCUCAAUGACGACCAGGCAAAGGUCAUCUCCAACCUCAGGGAAAACCACAUUCAGGGUAGUGAAGAGCUCCAGCUGUCCGUCGAACACAUUAAGCAGAUCAUCUGCAUCCUUCGAGACUUCAUCCAUUCCCCAGAGAGGCGUGUCAUGGCGGCCACCAUCUCCAAGCUCAAGCUGGACCUGGACUUCGACUCCACCUCCAUCAACCAGAUCCAGCUGGUGCUCUUUGGCUUCCAGGACUCGGUAAACAAAGUCCUGAGGAACCAUCACAUUAAACCCCACUGGAUGUUUGCUAUGGAUAACAUCAUCCGCCGAGCUGUGCAGGCUGCAAUCACCAUCCUCAUUCCAGAGCUGCAGACCCACUUCGGCCCGGCAUCUGAGUGUGAGGGAGCAGAGAAGGAAGACGAAGUGGAUGAAGAGGAAACAGAGUUUGGUCCUGUUUUAGCUCCUGCUGCUGACGACUCGGGGACGUUAGUUGACCCCGCUCACUCCACGCCCAGCACGCUGAACUCGGCUCACUCCCAGGAGCAUCAACGCUCACAUCAUCAACUGGGAGCACAGCUGGGGCGGCUCAAACAGGAGACCAACAGAUGUCACGGUUGCUGUGGUGCCCCCUGCAGGCUGCUGGAGGAGCUGCUGCAAAAGGAGAAGGAGUACCAGCAGGUCCUGAAGGCCACACUGCAGCAGAGAACACACGACCUGGAGCUGGUCAGAGUCAGACACAGACCACCAGAAAUCUCACCUCCCUCCAUCUUCCAUAUCCCAGCGGACCACGAGCCGGACAAGCAGCUCACCGAUUGGCUGAAAGAGCAGGGGGCAGACGCUUACACCAUAGAUAAGUUUGUGCUGGAGGAAUACACGCUGACUGACGUUCUCAACGACGUUACCAAAGAUGACCUCCACUGUCUACGUCUACGGGGCGGAGUCCACUGCCGCAUCUGGCGAGCCAUCCAGCGGCACCGAGAGCGAGAGAGGCUGAGGAGUGAUGAACGCUCUGAAGAUGAUGCAUGAUGGGAUACAUGGACAACAACUCGGGGGGGCUCUUGUUUUGCAGAAACACGUCUGCACACUACCAGCAUUGCAUGGCCGUCUCUGCUUUGUGCCUCUCCACGGUGCCUUCUCAUGUUGUAGUCUGCGUUGUACGCACAGGACUGACUGAAGCUUAGUUUGACUGUAAAUCGCCAUACAGUGUCACACUUGACCAGACCAAAGCACAUUAGUACAGGUACUACUCCAUGUAUCUGUAUGUGCAUUUAAACGUGUAUGUGUAAGGAAAAAUGCAUCUUAGCAAACACAGAAACUGUUUCGAGUGAUACUCUCUUGAUUUUUCACAGCGAAUGCAGGUUUUUCUUUGAAAAAUAAAUCAAAAUGUCCAUAAAACCUUUUCAAACUGCUUCUGUAGCAUAAUCUGUUCAGUGGUGUCCAUUCAGAUUCUCAAUAUAGUUUACACAGUCAAACUUUUGCCAAAAUAUGGUUGCAUUCUUUUCAUUGUUACUCCACACAUGACCCUGUUGAACUGGUAUUAGCGCAUCAUCCUCUUGUACUUGUACGUCAGAAGUGCUCUAUCAUUUUUCAUACUGAGCAGAGGGAUGGAAAGCAGAAGGAUGUUUAUGCAAGUUCCGGUAAACAUUUUGAAAUUUAAUCCAAGCACAGCCCCAUAUCUCUGUAAAAGAGUUUAUCUCAAAUCCGUAUCAUCAGUAAUAUAAAUUCUACAGAACUGGCAUUUACCUAAAACAUGCAAAACCAUUUGAAUGUUCUCCAAGAUCUUGUGACUCAUAGACUUGUCAGACUUCCUUUUGCAUUUAUCCCCUUGGUUUUCAGCCAAGAUGAUAAACCAUGAAAACUUUCUCCCAGCAGACUGAGUCAGGAUAAAUCCCUUCAUCAUUUACUGGAUACUUCAAAAUCAAAAUCAAAAAUUGUGCGAUGUUGAUCUUCCACAUAAAACUGGAGAGCUCUGUUGUGUGGGAGUCGAAUACAUUUCAGCUGAAAGCCUAAUUUUUGUAAUGUAAAAAUAUAAUGUACCCACAUUAAGAUGUUCACACAUCCCGGCGGCCUUCACGUCACUGCCUUUACAUUUGAAUGCAUGUUAUUUAUUAGUUGUUUAAGAUUUUAUUUGCAUUCUUUAUGAAGUAACUUUUCUUUUCUCUGUGUACCUGCAUUUAUUUUUUUAUUCCAACUCUUAGGUAUGUGCUUGUC